AUGACCAGGGUAGGAGAGGGACUGAGGAGGGGACAGCAGGAACCCCCCAGGACCCUGUCAAGGAGUCGGGGGAGAGCAGAAGGUGUGAGGGUCCACGCCUUCCCAGUGAGGGCAGAGGGGACCUGGGCUGGGGGGCGGUGGGGCAGGAGCAGCACCCAGCCUGUGCUCCCGGACCUGUGCUCCUGGGCUGACCCCUCCCUCCGCCAGGUGUUGAAGAGCCAUGGACAAGACUACCUUGUGGGCAACAAGCUGAGCAGGGCUGACAUCCAGCUGGUUGAACUUCUCUACUACGUGGAAGAGCUGGACCCCAGCCUGCUGGCCACCUUCCCUCUGCUGAAGGCCCUGAAAACCAGAGUCAGCAACCUCCCCACGGUGAAGAAGUUUCUGCAGCCUGGCAGCCAGAGGAAGCCUCCCGUGGAUGAGGAAAGUUUAGAAAAAGCAAGGAGGAUUUUCAAGUUUAAAAUUAAAGCAGGCAAGAGCCACUCUGUUUACACGAGACCCAUCUUCUGA